AUGGAGGCCGAGCCAGACCCGGACUUGACGCUGCUUCGAGAGCUGCUGGCGCCGCCCUGUCUGGACCCCGAACCGCCCCCGGAACUCGCCACCCAGCAGGCGCCAAGGACCCCAGGAUGCCUCAGACCCAUUGGCAGGUCCUUCUGGCCUGCACACCAGGACUCGGUCACCGCCCUGCACUUCCCCCAGGAGACAGCAGAGAGGCUGGCCCAGCCCGCCACCUGGGACACCCAGGCCCUAGGGCCCUGCUGGGAGCCGAAGGCCCUGGAGGCUCUGGGAGCCCUACCUCUGGCCAAGGAUGCCAAGAACAUGCUGACCCCAAUCAGCCAGCAGAGCCCCAGCCUGGGGCCCCGAGUGGCUCCCCCGGCCUCUUCAGCCCAGCCACAGAGGAGACCCCGGAAGCAGUCGAACCCCCAGCGGGGCGCCGAGAAAGUGGACCCCCGGUUCGAGGGGGUGACCCUGAAGUUUCAGAUAAAGCCAGAUUCCAGCCUACAGAUCAUACCCACCUACAGCCUGGCCUGCAGCACCCGCUCUCAGGGUCCCCCGCCAGGCCCUGCCAGAGGCCCAGAGGCCAACGCAGGAGGCAGCGAGGCUCUGGGGCCCCGACGCUGUGCUUCCUGUAGGACCCAGAGGACCCCACUCUGGAGAGAUGCCGAAGAUGGGACCCCCCUCUGCAAUGCCUGUGGUAUCAGGUACAAGAAAUAUGGCACCCGGUGCUCCAGCUGCUGGCUGGUGCCCAGGAAAAGUGUCCAGCCCAAGAGGUUGUGUGGCAGAUGUGGGGUGUCGCUGGGUCCCCACCCAGUCCCAACUCAGGAAGGGUAA